AUGGCACCGGUCAAGAGAAAGGCCGUGACGGACGAGCGGCCCAGCAAGAAAGCAAAGCCGGCAGACGUCAAAGAGAGAAAUGCCAAAGAGAAAAAGGAGCGACUGGCACGCGGCGGUGCGGAACCCGGCGAGAAGAAGGCGCCGUUAAAGUCGAUUCUGCAGCAGGAAGAGAAGGCGUUUCCUCGUGGUGGUGGUAGUGUAUUGACGCCGAUCGAGCGAAAACAGAUCGAAGCGCAGGCCGAACGCGAUGUCCUGUUCGAGCAGGAAACGGGCCAGAAGGCCGAGGCCAAGGACGAUGAUGGAGAGUUGUUUGAUAAAGUCGACUCUGCACCCGCGAAGAAGAAGCGCAAGACGACGCGAAAGGGCGAUGGAUUGCCGCAGGUCGAGGGAAGUGGUGUGAAGAUCUCAGGAUUGAGCUACAAGACGCUGGCGGUGGGUAGCGUUGUGCUGGGGCGAGUGACGGCUAUCACGGGCAGAGAUGUUGCGCUGGCACUACCGAAUAAUCUGACAGGUUAUGUGCCAAUCACCGCCGUGUCUGAACGACUGACUGCGCGCAUCGAACGAAUGCUGGACGAUGCCAAGUCUGGUGCUGAUGAGGACGAUGAGGAUGACGAAGACAUCGAUCUGAAGCAGCUGUUCCAUGUUGGACAGUGGCUCCGAGCGACCGUGACUUCGACUGGCACGGACCCCGCAGAGGGAAAGAGUAAAAAGCACAUCGAGCUGUCCCUCGAUCCAACUACGGUCAAUGGGGGCCUGCCCGAAGACAAUGUAGUUGUCAACAGUGUCGUGCAGGCUGCAGUAAGAAGUGUCGAGGACCAUGGCCUGAUCAUGGACCUAGGCUUGUCAGACGAGAGCGUGAAAGGUUUCGUGAGCAAGAAGGAACUCGGAUAUGCAUACGACCUGGACAAGGUGCAAGAAGGUCAAGUCAUGCUGUGUCUUGUUACAGGCAAAGGUAGCAACGGCAAGGUCCUGAAGAUUUCUCCAGAUCCAAGCCGAAUGUCACUUGCGCUUGGCGACAAGAAGCUUCCAACCAUAAGUGAUGCUCCAUCAGUGGAUGCGAUCCUGCCUGGUACUGCUGUGGAUGUUCUCAUCACCGAGUCUGGGCCUUCGGGCGUUGUGGGCAAGAUUAUGGGCAUGCUCGAUGUGACUGCCGAUGCUAUCCAUUCGCAGGCCAUUGGGCUGGAGGAGAAGGACAUGAGCAAGAAGUAUAAAGUGGGAAGCAAGACACAUGCAAGAAUCGUGUUCGCGAUACCAGAAGACGAUGGCGCUCGACGUACACAGGCCGCUGAACUCGGGCAGCUGCUGCCAAUGUCGUCGGUCGUGGAAGAUGCCAAGAUUACACAGGUUUCACAAAACAAAGGUCUAUACCUCAAACUCUCCGCCAAGCACGGCCGCGACGAACGUUCGGUUACUGCAUUCGCACACAUCUCGCAGAUUUCAGACAAGCGGAUUGAAUCGUUGUCUUCGACCUCUGGACCAUACACGAUCGACUCUGCUCACAAAGUCCGUAUCAUCGGAUACAGUCCAAUCGACAACAUUUACUACGUAUCAUUGAAGCAGUCUGUUCUCGACCAAGCUUUCCUCCGUUUGGACGAUCUCACUGUGGGCGCGGUAGUGAAUGGCACCGUAGAUAAGAUUAUCCUGGGCGGCGCUACAGGCCUUACAGGCAUCCUCGUCAAACUCAGCGACAACAUCACAGGUCUGGUGCCAGAACAACAUAUCAGCGAUGCACAGUUGAAGAACCCAGAACGUAAAUACCGCGAGGGGUUUCCUGUGAAGGCCAGAAUCCUGUCCGUAGACACAGAGAAGAGGCAUGUUCGCCUUACGCUGAAAAAGCAGCUGGUCGAUGAUGCCAACGAGGAAAUCUGGAAGGCCUAUCAAGGCCUCCAGCCAGGCAUGGAAAGCAAAGGCACUAUCAUCAAGCUGCAUCCCAACGGUGCUGUAGUGCAAUUCUAUGGCCCCGUCCGAGCUUGGCUUCCGGUUGCCGAGAUGAGUGAGACUUUCAUCGAGCGCCCAGAACAGCACUUUCGGUCCGGCCAGACUGUCAGAGUGAAGAUCGUAUCAGUCAGUCCAGAUACUGAAGAGAUGAAAGUCACAUGCAAGGACCACGUCGCUUUUGGUGCAGACCAAGAGCAGGCUUGGGACAAGGUCGCGGGCGGUCAACUAGUGAGUGGAACCGUGACCGAGAAAUCGGCUGAGUCUAUUUCUCUGGACCUGGAGAGUGGACUGAGAGGCAUGAUGCGCUUGACACACUUCGUCGAUGGCUCUCUCGCUAAGGCAGAGAAAGAGGCGAAGCGUGUUCGUGUUGGCCAGAAGUUAAAGCACCUGCUAGUGCUGGACAAGAUUGACAGGAGUCAGACCGUCAUGCUUAGCAACAAGCCGAGCCUCGUAGAGGAUGCCAAGGCGGGCAACCUGAUCAGCACAUUUUCAGAUGUCAAACAGGGCACCAAGGUGCACGGCUUCGUCAGGAACACCACAUCAGAUGCCAUCUUUGUCGAGUUCGCGAACGGCAUAGUGGGGUUAUUGCCAAAAAGCCAGAUCCUGGCAGAGGCGCUUGACAAGCCUGACUUCGGCGUGCGAAAGGAUCAGACACUCAAUGUCUGGGUAAUGGACACAGAUGUCUCCGCAAAGCGCUUCCGCCUGACCAUGCGUGAACAGGCUGCAACAGCCGAGCAAUCCUCGAACCCGAAGGCUAGCAUCGAUGAUGCUCUCAGCAAGCCAAUUGAUCCAGCGCUGAAGUCUUUGUCUGACAUUGAGCCAGGGAAAGUUACAAAAGCCCGUAUUGCCUCUAUUCGAGCAACACAGAUCAACGUUCGUCUUGCAGACAACGUGCAAGGUCGAGUGGAUGUGAGCGAGGUGUUCGAUUCGUGGGAUGAAAUUUCGAACAAGGCUGCGCCGUUGCAAAGCUUCAAGCAAAACGACCUCAUCGAUGUCAAGGUUCUCGGUAUCCACGAUGCACGAAAUCACCGUUUCCUUCCAUUCAGUCAUCGGCAAGGCAAGGUACCAGUGUUUGAACUUUCUGCCAAGAAGUCGCGAGUGCAGAAAGACGACAAGUCUCUGCUGGAUCUAGAGUCUGUCAAGCCUGGGUCAUCUCAGCUUGCCUUCGUCAACAACCACGCUGAGAAUUGCGUCUGGGUUAACCUAUCGCCAAACGUUCGGGGGCGUGUAGCUCUCAUGGACCUUUCGGAUGAUGUUGGACAGCUCCAGAAUGUCGAGAAUCGGUUCCGGAUUGGCUGUGCGCUGCGUGUCAAUGUCAAGGCGGUCGACAUCAGUGCAGGUCGACUAGAUCUCACUGCCAAGCAGGACAACGCCUCCACACCUCUUGCGCUCAAGGACUUGUCUCCAGGUAUGGUUCUCCCGGCGCGAGUGAUCAAGGCUACUGAGCGUGCAGUCAGCGUCGAGCUUGCUAAGAACCUGGUCGCUCAUGUUCCGCUGGUGGAACUCAGCGAUGAUUACGAUUCCAUCAACUUGAUGCAGUACAGCAAGAACGACAUUGUACGUGCUUGUGUGAUCAGUGUGGACGCGCCGAACAAGCGUGCGUUUGUCAGCUUGAGACCGUCCAAAGUGCUAAGCUCAAGCUUGCCCGUCAAGGACGCGCAGAUCUCGAACGUUUCGCAGCUCAAGGCUGCGGACAUUGUACGCGGUUUCGUGAAGAAGGUCGCAGACAAGGGCGUCUUCGUGUCGCUCGGUGCCGAUGUGGACGCACUCGUCCGUAUCUCGGACCUGAGCGACCAGUAUGUUAAGGAAUGGCGCAGCAUAUACGUCGUCGACCAACUCGUGAAGGGCCGCGUGCUCUCCGUUGACACAGAUGCGAAACAGGUCCAGCUCAGUCUAAAGCAGUCUCAUGUUGACGGUAACUACGAGCCGCCGCUUGGCAUCACAGACCUCGAAGCAGGCAUGACAGUCACUGGAAAGGUUCGGAAGGUGGAGGACUUUGGAGCAUUCAUCGACAUCGACAAUACUCAGCCACGACUCUCUGGGUUAUGCCAUAGGAGUGAGGUCGCUGCGAGACGUACCGAGGAUGUCCGAAAGUUGUACAGUGCUGGCGAUGUUGUGAAAGCAAAGGUAUUGAAGGUUGACGUCGAGAAUCGGAAGAUCAGCCUUGGUCUUAAAGCCAGCUACUUUGCCAAUGAGACUGAUGAUGGCGAUGAUGAAGAUGAGGAUAGUGAAGAUGAGGACGUUGAUAUGGAUGGCGGUGUCGAACUCAGCAACGAUUCAGAUGGUGGCGUUGAGAUUGACCGAGACGUGCAAGAUGCAGACAGUGAAGCCGAUGUUGAGGAUAUGAUGGACGUUGAUGACGAGCCAGCAAAAGCUUCUGGCGGUCUCAAGACAAGCGGCUUCAACUGGGAGGGGGAAGAUCUCGACGCCGGCACCAACGGUGCAGCAUACGAAUCCGAACCAGAAACAGUAACUACGAAGAAAAAGAAGCGCAAGUCAGAAAUCAAAGAAGACCUCACCGGUGACCUCGACAAAAAUGGUCCCCAAAGCAACAGCGAUUUCGAACGACAACUCCUGGGACAACCCAACAACUCUGGCCUGUGGAUCCAAUACAUGGCCUUCCAACUCCGCCUCAGCGAGAUCCAACAAGCUCGUAAUAUCGCCGAACGAGCUCUCCGAACCAUCAACAUCCGCGAGAGCGACGAAAAGCUGAACAUCUGGAUUGCGUUGCUGAACCUCGAAGUCGAGUAUGGCGAUGAUGAUGGCGUGGAAGAGGCAUUCAAGAAUGCAGUACAAGUCCAAGAUCCACUUGAGAUGCAUGAGAAGCUCGCUUCUAUAUACAUCGACAGCGGGAGACAUGCCAAGGCAGAUGGGAUCUUUGAACGCAUGAUUGCCAAUAAAACGUUCCGAGCGAGUCCUGAAGUGUGGCUCAACUAUGCGACAUUCCUCCUGGAGACUCUCGGAAACGCCGAUCGAGCUCGCGCGCUCCUCACCAAGGCUCUGCACAGUGUUCCGACGAAUGAGCACCGUCUGCUCACUGCCAAGUUCGCGGCCCUUGAGUUCCGUUCUGUGAAUGGAGACGCUGAACGUGGACGUACCAUCUUUGAAGGGCUCAUGAGUGAGUGGUCCAAGUGGAGUUCCGGUUGGGACAUGUGGGUCGAUAUUGAACGGUCACGCAUCUCGACGCAAUCAUCCGAUGACGCCAAGAUGGAAGCUGUCGAAAAGACUCGAGAGCUGUUUGAGAGGAUUGUGAAACUUCCCAUGAAGAAGAGGAGGGCCAAAUUUGUGUUCAAGAAGUGGCUGGACUUUGAGAAUAAAGAGGGUGCUGCGCAGUAUGCUGCUGGCACGAGCAAAAAGGGUAGCAAGAAAACCGGCGGUAGUCAGGCAGAGAGAGUCACGGUUUUGGCGAGAGAGUAUGCGCAGAAACUUGAGGAUAAAAAAGCUGGUGGCGGUGAUGGGGAAGAUGACGACGAGUAA